CUCAGAGACGAUCUUUUCCUUCAAACAUGGCCGCUCGCAUGUGAAUGUCAUGCCACCUCAAUCCUUCAGUUGAAUCAGUGAAUUUCAGCUGUAGCUGCUUGAAUUUUGGGGGUUUAAAGAAAUUCUGAUCUUGCCGAUGUUUUUUUUACUCCGUCCAUCUAGGUCGGUCACGAAUUUGUAAGCCCCGAAAUCCCUCGGUUCCGCGGUCCGAGUGCAGCUCACUUGUUAACACAUUAGCAUACCAGUGGAUCGCCACCGAGGGGAAAUAGCAAUGGAUCCUGACCAGCAGCUGAGAAACCUGCGGGAUUUCCUUCUGGUUUACAACCGCAUGACUGAGAUCUGCUUCCAGCGCUGCACAAGUAACUUCAACUACAGAAACCUUACAAUGGACGAGGAGCGUUGCCUGGACAGCUGUGCUGGAAAGCUGAUUCGCACGAACCACCGCUUGAUGGGCACAUAUGUGCAGCUGAUGCCUCGGAUGGUGCAGCGGAGGAUGGAGGAGAUGGAGAGCAAGGCUGCCGAGAAUGCAAAGGCAGCAGAGGCUGCGGCUACAUCUGCAGCUGUUGGCGCUGCGGCCUCAGAAUCUGCCCCAGGAGUUCAGACGCAUAUAAAUUCACCUCCACCUACCCAGAUUACUCCUCCGAUGACUGAAGUAGCACCAGAAGUCCGUGACUCAACCUUAAAGAUGGCAGGAUUACAGAGUCCAGCUAAUACAGUAGCCACAGGAAUAAGUUUAUCAGCUGCCACGCCCCUCUCACCCGGAACUGAAAGCGUAAAUGUUUCAGAGCCUAAAGAAACUGGACCGUCGUAUACAGCAGGAGUUUCUCAGCCUGCUGUAUCUGGAAUCCAGAAGGACUCUGAGGUUCCUAAAAAGGCAUCAUGAUUAAAAACCUAAAAAGGAAUCGUGACCAGAAAAUGAGCCAUGGGGCAGGUUCUACAGAUAAGGGAGAAGGUCUGACAGGCUAAGAGAGUCAUGAAUCACAGGAGUCUUAGUGGUCUGACUGGUCAGUCUGUCUUCAGCUUCCCCCAAAAACAGCUGGUGAGGAUCCCAAAAGUGGUAUAAACCUUAAUAUCUCAGUUUUAGUUUGUUUUUAUUUUGUAGAUUUCUCAUAUAAAGGAACAAUGUUUGGCAACAGUCAUAAGCAUGUCUGCUAUUUCUGGUUUAAGAUUUUAAAAAAUACUUAAAUGAUUGCUGACCAAACAAAAUGUAACUUAAGGGGAUAGUUUAGGAUUUUUUAAUUUAGGUUAUGUUAAAAGGCUAUAAGCAGUUAAUGUCUUAACUACAGCAGACAAUUCUCAUGGUGCCGUCAUUUGGUGUAAAUCCAGAUUAGUUGGUUUCAGAUGCUAAAGCUAAUGGCUAGGUUGCGAGAGGCCAAGACUAGAUCUGACAUUUGUCUUAAAAUGAAUCCAAUCUCAUAAACGAAGCAGUUUAUUGGAAUACCCUUUUAUAAACCCUUUAACUGUUUUCAUGUUUGCAUUAGAUUUUUUUUUUUUUUUUUUAAACAAAAGCUGACCAUUAGUUACAAAGGAAAUAGAGACGGUAAGUAGUUGUGCUGUGUAAACUACAUCCUAGGAACAAAAUAUGUCAGGUGUUUCUAGUCAAAGUAACUGGUGUAAAAAAACAACAACUGUCAAAGCUAAAUUAUGUUUAAGUAAUUCAUAUAUUGUUUUACUGUGCCUUUUUAAAUAGAGCUGCUACUUUGACUGGAAACUGUUUACUAGUUCAGUUUUCUGUAUCUUGUUCACACAGGAAGGAUGUGCACAGCCUCCUACCUAAAUAAAUCAGUACAGACAUGUCAGUUUAAAGGUUUAUAAACACACCUUUGCAUAAGCUGGACAAAAACCAGCUUUUGUCUUCAUCCCUGUCUGACUAGCUGUUAUAUUUGGUCUUCAAGGCAAGCUAAUAUGUAUUUAUACAAAAUAAAAAUCCCAACAUUUACCAGCCUGUAGCAUUUUAACAUGAUCUCAUUUCUAAUUGCAUACCCCAUCCCUUUAAAUACCUCUGUCAUUUUACCUGUUUUCAUCUAUGACUGCUGUUUUUGAAAGUUUAUUUACUUUAAAGACAAUGGUGAAAUACUGAAAUGAUGUAGUGAUGGUGCGCUGUGGUGAUGUCCACCAAAAGCUGUACAAGUUGUAAAAAGCAGUGCCAGUUCUGAUAUAUCAUGUAGCACAAUGUGAAAUAAAGGUGCUUGUAUAUCAACA